AUUGAAUUGAUAGAUGGCGCGACUAGUUUUUAAAGUCAACUGAAACUUGAGAGCUGGGCGAUGUGAUUAUUUUUUGUGAUGGGAAUGAGAAAAUGCAUAAAAUUAAAUUCAGUGUUUUCAUUUGAUAAUCUGGAAAUGAGAUCUUGUUAUUCAGGUUAACUGAAUUGCAGAAAGAACAAAGGUGGUGAAGAACAUAUAUAUGUGCACUAGACGAAGUAUUGUGUGGAGAGAAGCAUAAAGAAAACAAAAACGCCUCUUAAUGUUGCUUACAAUGAGAUAUUUCCCAAAACACAUAAAAAAGUUCAUAUUCAAAUGUAGGUGAUGUUCACCGAGAACUGGUAACGUGGAAUGCUCAUCAAAAGCAUGCAAAAUGAGUCAUACUAGUGAACAAACACCUCUAUCACAGCCUUUGAGGGUCGAGACUGAUGAUAGUGUUCCAGACAGUAGUACAUAUUUUGAGGAGGAAAAAGAUAACUUCAGUCACUCAAAUAACAAUGAUAAUGAAGAUUCCCUUGGUCCCUUGCCUCCAAAAUGGGAAAAAGCUUACACAGAAAGUGGAGAGGUGUAUUUUAUCGACCAUUCUACAGGAACAUCUCACUGGUUAGACCCGCGCUUAUCGAAGUUCCAAAAGAAAACCCUGGAAGAUUGCAUGGAUGAUGAACUGCCUUAUGGCUGGGAGAAAAUAAGUGACCCUCACUAUGGCACUUAUUUCAUAGAUCAUGUGAACCGCAGGACGCAGUAUGAAAAUCCGGUUAUACAAGCCAAAAGGGCUGCUUCUCAAGCGUCAGCUUGUGUGAGUAGAACAUCAUUUACAAAGGAUCCUUCUGAGCUGUGUGGUCAACGUUUGAAGACAUCACUUGUCAAAUCUUCAAGAGGACUGGGAUUCACAAUAGUCGGAGGAGACGAUGGGAUCGACGAGUUCCUCCAAAUAAAAUCCGUGGUUCCAAAAGGCCCAGCAUGGUUAGACGGGCAGCUCCAGACAGGAGACGUAAUUGUAUACGUGAAUGAUACUUGCGUACUAGGCUAUACCCACAAUCAAAUUGUCAGGCUCUUCCAAUCCAUUAGCGUAGGAUCAACAGUAUCUUUAGAAGUAUGCAGAGGAUAUCCAUUGCCGUUUGACCCAAACGAUCCAAACACAGAAGUGGUGACUACGAUAGCAGUUGACGGUCAUCUGCAACCUAUGGCUGACGAUAAAUGCAUGCUAGAUACCAAUUAUAAUUUCCUAGAUGGAGAUGAUAUGUUGAGAGGUGACAAAGAACCGAAUAAUGAUAUAGAUGACUUGCUCAACGGUAUUAGCAAUAUGUCGGUGCAAAAAAUGGAAGUUAGAGUCAGGAUAGUUAAAGGUAAUUUAGGUUUUGGGUUCACCAUAGCAGACAGCGCAUGUGGCCAAAGGGUAAAGAAGAUCCUCGAUCAUCAGCGUUGCAAAAACUUGAUGGAAGGAGAUAUAUUGUUGGAGAUCAACGACAUCUCCUUGCAAAACAUGUCUCACGACGACGUAGUUCAAGUUUUGAAAAAUUGCCCUUACAACAGUGAAGCAACCAUAUGUGUCCAAAGAGGAUGCUCAAGCAAAACACCAAAUAUUAGAAAUAAGCCUAGAAAGUUAGAUAUUCGAUUUAAUGGUAAAGAUUCCGGCAGCGCGUACCGUAGCAAAACGCCUACCGCAGAUAUUUACAGCACACAACCCAGGGAGGUGCUACCCAGCAGACCCAAAACACCCUUGGUUGAUACAAGGAGCAUGUCGAAAACACCUGUGAAGGAUAUGAACUCAAAUUCUAAUCACGAGUUAUUCAAGCACGAAUAUUCCAAUGACAGCAUCAACCCUGACAGGUCUCGUUUACGUCUGUCACUGAUAGACAAUCCAGAUGAGGAUCUGGAUGAAAUUGACAUAUCUGACAACCAGAACAAGCCACCCUGCGAGUACCCUCCUCCCUUGGACACUAAGUAUGGUCUAUAUAUGCCGAUUCCCCAUCGGUAUGACUGCGCAUGUGUAUACUGCGCCAAUCCGAGGCCUGGAACCUUGGAGGUAGCGGACGCUUAUGACAAUGCUAAGAAGUACAAUGGGAACGAUUGGUGGUACCCUUCGCGAAAUGUUGAAUAUAUUACCACAGCGGUCACCUUGCAAAGGCAGGAAAAUGGAUUCGGUUUCAGGAUUAUCGGAGGCAUUGAAGAUAAAUCUCAGGUGGCGGUGGGUCAUAUUGUCGCAGGCGGUGCUGCUGAUUUGGACGGUCGAAUUCGUACAGGGGAUGAAAUUGUCAGCGUAGAAGGGUAUUCAGUAUUGAAAGCUUCGCAUCGCCAAGUAGUUCAACUGAUUAAUGCAGCCGCCGCUAGAGGUCAAGUCAGCUUGGUGUUGAGAAGAAGGAUGCAUCCGCCUCCUAUGCCGAUCAGCACUGGAUAUUCUAUGGGCUUGAAUAAUUGGCCGCCAGAUGGCCACCCAAACAUGGGAAACGUCAGUGCGCCACUUGUUGUUGCUACUCCACAUCCAGGGCCUACAUAUGAUGUAACAGUGCAACGGACAGAAAACGAAGGCUUUGGGUUUGUUAUAAUAUCUUCAGCAAACAAGAUGGGAUCUACGAUUGGGCGAUUGAUAGAAGACAGUCCAGCCGAAAGGUGUGGAAGACUUAGAGUCGGUGACUACAUAGUAGCAGUCAAUCACAUCGACAUAAUGCAUUUGAGUCAUCCCGACAUCGUUAACUUGAUCAAAGAAUCUGGUUUAUCUGUUACACUAACCAUAGCCUCGAAUCCAGAUCUAUGAUCAAAGUUUUAGCGGACCUCGUUUCGCGUACAAACUAAAUCAGAGAAUAUUCAUUAAAAAUCAAGAUUAAAAGUUGGAAUCAUGAAUUACGUACUUCAUGAACAGACAAAUACGCCAAUUUUAUUAUCAUUAGUUAUUGUAUUACAAUUCCGGGUUUUACACUUUAAGACAGAUUAUUACGUGAAAAUCUCACUUCUGACAAAAUAAUCUUUGCGAGCUGAUGAUUCAACAUUAAGGAUUUUUUCCCGAGUCCAUCGUGCACAGUGCUGUACCGGGAACUGACUCACAUUUUCGCGAAGAACGGGAAUAGGGGAAGACAGAUGUGACGUCAUUCAGGUCUUAUAUCAAUGCCAUUUAAAAACAGACAUCUCAACUCAAAAUUUGUCUUCGCAGCGCCGAAAAUUGAGUGAAUCUUUUUGAGUGUUAUUUGGGUUCCUCAAAAUUGAUGCUAAUAAGUCUUAAUAAGGUGUUGUCGUGAACUUUGUCCAACCAUUCGUCUCUCCGGGGAGCAUCAACUUUGAAAUAAGUAUCUCUGAAGGAUGGUACUAUUGUAGAGACUAAAUCCGUUGAAUCGAAGAAGAAUUCGUGAAAGAGAAAUAGUAAAUCCUUUUAAAACGGACACGAGUUUAACAAAUUCAACAAGGUUAUGUUUGUAUCCGCCAACAGAACUGUCAGUGCGCUUUGCCGAGCAUGCGCCAUCUAACCACUCCCGGUGUAACUUGGAACCGUCAAAACUUCGAGGAGAGGGGGUAAUUCUAUCUGUCCCCGCUUCCUGCUUUACGGGAUCUUGCGAAAAAAUCUUUUCUGUUUGAGUAACAAAUCACAGGUAACUUACGACUGUUGAAUAAAAAUGUUAUUCUUGAUUUAGUUUGUAUAUAUAACUAGUGAGAUCUCUGUUGUAUGUUGUAUUUGUCAUUUUAACAAAUUUUAUUGCAUUUUAUCCAAAAUAUUCAUGUUUUGUAUCACUGGCAGUUAGUUCCGGAGCAUUGUUUAUUGUAUCUGUUCAUUUUAAUCUCAUUUCGGUAUUUUGUAGGAAAAAGCAUGUCUGUGAUUGGCGAUAUAUUUUAAUUUUCAUGGUACAUUUUUUAAUGCUGCUAGUGCUAAAUUUUAUUUUUAGUUAUAUUAUGGAUAAUUCAGUAUGCCCAAUAUAUAUCGUGAACAAGUAAAUAUGAAUAGUGUUACUGCCAUAUUAACACAUAAUGAUACAAAUAGUCGACAGCCUCGAAUAAUUAUUGUUUAAAUUUUUAUAUGUAUAAUCUAUUCGUUAGAUUUUAUUAUGUAUAUUUACUGUAAUAUUCGUGAUAUAUACGUUGUUUUAGCUACUGCUGAAUAAAAAUAGCUCAAAUAUGGCUCUUAUACGCAGUUAUGAAGUAAUUUUAUAUAGACAAGGAGAAAACCUCGCAAUCCUGAGAAAUUUUCCGGCUUGAUGCAACUGAAUAAAAUUUUAGUAAAAACAUCGUGAUAAGCGUUUCAAAUUCUUUCGCUUUUUUGUUUCCGAUGCGAUGAACCGAUAAGGCGGAUUAUAUCCGUUGUUGCCAAACACGAGCACGUAAUAUUAUUAUUGAGACAGGGCGGUACUCAAACAUCUAACUGGCUAUAACUUUGUUACUUUAAUUUUACCAGAAAAUGUUAAAAUAAAUGACUCAACUUCGACAACCCUGUAUAUAUAUAUAUAUAUAUAUAUUCAAAAACAGAUAUUUAAUGACAGCUCGAUACACGAUUUUGUCCAUUUUCACAAAAAGUCACUCAAACGACUGUUCCAUAACAACUGCGCGACCAAAAUUUCUGGUGAGUAUCGUAUUCAAUUCUUGAUUAUUUCAUAUUGAGAAAAAUUUUUAAGCAGCUUGUGUAGGAUAUAUGCCCUUAUUAGUCCAGUCAAUAUUGAUGACUAAAAAGUCAGUCAUUCUAAUGUUUUUUUCAAGUAUUCAUUGAAGUAUUAGAGCUAUCGUAUCAUUUCACAUCAUUGUUUUAUCUCAAGUUAUGUGAGAAUUCCCUUAUUUUAUGCCAUCUUAUGUGCAUUCUUUACCAUUGCAUAGUUUACGACAAUUUUUAUAUUUAUAUUUCAAUAAAAUAUCGCAUUUGUGAUAUUUGAAAUCUAGCAGCUAUUUUUCUUUUCCCUAUAAAAAAACUCUAAGGCUAUAAAGUUAUAACAUCAGCGUCAUAGAAACUUGUGAUAUUUACCGAUGGGAAAAGUAAACAUUAUUUAUGCCACUGAGUUCUCGCAUGUUUAGAUAUUAUAUUCAGUUUCACAUUCACUUUUUGCCAGACCAUUUCGUUUGAAGAAAAAUUGGUUUGAAUAUUUUAGAUACCGUUAUAUAGAAAGUGGAAUCUAUUAUACUUUGAAAAUAUACUGAACUUAGUGGCAUUGAAAAUGUUGAGGGUGUAAUUUUAGCUCCCUGUAGCAGCAUGUUCUGUUUGUUCAGUGGCAAGUAGACCACUUUUACUACACAGCUAAAUCAUCGUGGUGACUGGGCCUCCAGCUCUUUACAGUCUCAACCGGUAGAUUCACCGUUUGCAGUGGUCGGUUCUAGUGGCAGAUGCCUUUUCGACCUAUCUUGAUAAUGGGACAUUUUUUUCUACUUGGAUUGUUUUUCAAAAUCACCCUGUACGAAUUGAGUUGUUUUCCAAGUGCAUGUUUUUUUUGUAAAGUAUGUAUAGCUGUAUCUUCCUGAAAGCAUGUUAUACGGGAAUUUAAAAAACUUGAGUUACAUAUGUUUUUCCUAUUUAACAAGCUUGACUGUGUCCGCUGAUUUUGUACUAUUUGUGAUUUGUGGAGCAGUCAAGUCCGACACUGUAUACAAUAAACUUGAAACAUUUACAGUAUAUGCUAGGAAAUGUAAUCUCAUUUUUCUUUUCUGUGUAAUGUACCAUACUUGCAUGUAAUAUUACGAUAGACCUUUUUAUAUUUUAUAAUAUUGUAAAUUUAUAAUUUUAUUAUAUUUAUAUUGAAUAUUUUUAAAGUAACCUGUAUGUUAAAGACAAAUAAACGCAAG